AGCUUGAUCAAAACAGGUGUCUCUUUUGUUAAGAUUUACUAUUAAACUAUAGAUUGAAACCCUAAACAAUUACUAGUAUAUUAAACGAUAGAUUUACCAUUCAUUUCAUCACUACGCUACGCCUUACUCUCUAACUAUCUCUCUCUCUCUAUCGCUCUCGCUCUCUGCCAAUGGCGCCUAUGAAGAUCCUCAUGCUCUUGGUGGUGCUACUUGUAAGCACCACCUCCUUCGCCGCCGCCGAUGACCGCCCCGACGUCGAUGACGUCCCCCGAUUUGCCCGGUGGCUCGUCCACCAGGGCAAGUGGGGGGUCAUCUCGACCAACUCCCCGGUCUUUGUACCCCACGGGUACAUUGCAUCCUACGCGGAUGCAGGCACGGGGAGCCCCUACUUCUACCUCUCCACCCUCGACCCGGUCGGGAUGGUCGUCCCGACCGACUCCCGAGCCAGCCUCACCGUCACUGAGAUAUCCUUUGACGGCUGCCGGGGCCAGGAGGCGCAGAAUCCCUCCUGCGCAAAGAUCAGUCUCUCCGGCGAGCUUCUCAAGCUUCCCGGAAACUCCAAGGAGGGCCGCAAGGCGGAGCGGGCUUUAUUCAAAGCCCACCCCUCCUUCUCCGGCUUCCCGAAGAUGAACGGCACCUUUGCUGUCUACAAGCUGCUUGUUGACGAGAUCUUCCUCGUCAACAAGAUGGCGCCGCCCCGGGAGCUCACCGUCGAGGAAUAUUUCGAGGCUUGAGGAGAGUAUUUGCAGCUUGCACUAUCUUAGGGACUACUUUUUUUUUGUUUCUAAUCAGUAAUCACUAUCUUAGGGAGUAGUCCGUACUCCUAGUUUGUAUAUUAAGCCGUGUGUUUUGUAUUAUAUUAUUAAUUAAUGCGUGUUAUGAUC